AUGCCACCGGGAAAGCCCCUCCAAAAAGGAGCGCCGCCAACAAUCAAAGCGCAUUUUGAAUCAACGCCGGCGUUUUCGAGGCUCUUUUCUGAUCCCACCCUCGAGGCCUUGGGUGAUUUAGGUUAUGACCCGCCAUCAACACACAAUACAUUCAUCGGCAAGACUUUAUCUACAGACGAUACUAUUAUCGCCUCGCAAUCAUUCCGGAAUCGGCCACAACCCGGCACCAACGAACACUUCGAGGUGGUUACUGUGCUUUCCAUAGGAAGUGGAGUAAACGGCCACUCCGACGUAUGUCAUGGAGGAUUUGUGUCCGUAUUGCUAGAUGAGGCACUUGGGGCCGCGGCCGAGCAGGAACACCCACCUGAUAAGUCGGCAAUGACUGCCUACUUGAACGUUAAUUACAAGAAGCCUGUGAUGACGCCAAGUAACGUUCUAUGUCGAGGGAUCGUCAAGAAGACAGAUGGCAGGAAGAUGUGGCUGGAGGGGUUAAUAGAGGACGACAAGGGCGUUAUAUUAGCAUCUGCGGAAGCCCUAUUCAUCAUUAUUGAAAAGACUAAAGCUUUGGAGAAACUAUGA